GCAUAUAUGUGCUGUAUGCCCUGUAGGAAGGCAUGUUCAGAGCAGGAGCACACACCACCUGCUUUGGACAGUUCCUGACACGGACAGAGGUGGCAGCAUAGAACACUGUUGGAUUGGGAUCUGCUGUGAUUCAGAACAAUGAUGAAGGAAAAUGUGCGUCCCCUUCAGAAGAGUCCGACAGUGAAGUGUACACAAGGUUUAUGAAGAACCACAAAUGCUAUGAUCUUAUUCCCAUUAGCUCGAAGCUCGUGGUGUUUGAUACCUCUCUACAGGUUAAGAAGGCGUUCUUUGCACUGGUCAGUAAUGGAGUAAGAGCCGCACCCUUGUGGGAUAGCAAGAAGCAGAGUUUUGUGGGUAUGCUUACCAUCACAGACUUUAUUAAUAUUCUUCACCGAUACUACAAGUCUUCUAUGGUUCAGAUUUAUGAGCUGGAGGAGCAUAAGAUAGAGACGUGGAGAGAGGUUUAUUUGCAAGACUCAUUCAAGCCUUUGGUCAGCAUUUCCCCCAGUGCCAGCUUGUUUGACGCCGUCUCCUCCCUGAUAAAGAACCGUAUUCAUCGUCUUCCAGUCAUUUCUCCAGACUCAGGAAAUACCCUCUAUAUAUUAACACACAAACGUAUUCUUAAAUUCCUCAAGUUAUUUAUGUCUGAAAUGGAGAAACCAAGUUUUGUGACCCAGACAUUAAGGGAGUUGAAGAUCGGCACCUAUGAUAACAUUGCUAUGGUUCAGCCCAACACUCCUGUAUAUGUUGCUUUGGGUAUUUUUGUGCAAAGACGUGUCUCUGCUUUGCCGGUCGUGGAUGAUUCCGGUCGGGUAGUGGAUAUCUAUUCCAAGUUUGAUGUCAUUAAUCUAGCGGCUGAGAAAACUUACAACAACCUGGAUAUCACAGUGACCAAGGCUCUUGGACAUCGUUCUCACUACUUUGAGGGGGUUCUUAAGUGUUACCAGCAUGAAACCCUUGAUACAAUUAUCAGCCGUCUUGUAGAAGCAGAGGUGCACAGGCUGGUGGUGGUGGACGACAAUGAUGUAGCCAAAGGAAUCGUUUCUCUCUCCGAUAUUCUGCAGUGUCUGGUUAUGACAGCUGGAGGUAUGAAGAGUCCGUGACAGGUGGAAACCUUUUCUAUCACCACCGUGCUGCAGUAUAGUGAUGCACACAGAGUCCCCCUGUACCUCUUCAGAUCUAGACUCCACUUAGCAAUAAAAGGAAUAACCCUUGAGUCACCCAGCUACGAACCAAGGAGGCCUGGCAUCCUGUACCUGCGAAAUUGAUCUUAAGCAAUAAUUUGGGGCAUUAUUACAGAAGGACCAAUUAUAUGAGAAUCGUGAGAACCUGCUUGACCAGUCAUGGAGGAGUAUACAGUAUUGAAGACUUCAUCAGAGUCAUUCUGGAUAUUAUUUUGUAUUCAUGGCACCUUUCUUUUUACUGUUUAUAUAGCCUUUUUUCACAUCACCCAUGAAGAACUGAGCUGAGAUGACCCAAUGGUUUAGGAAGUUUACUCCAUAUGAUCCACACAGGAUCAAUGUCCCAUGAUAAGGUUGUUGCCUGUGGAACACCUGGUUUUAGGGUGAUAUCACAGUUUUUUUUUACCGAAGGCUUAAAUACUUUGCACUUGACUGACUGAAGAGUCACAUGACACUUUUGUUUCUGUUUUGGAUUUUCCUAUUUUUUUAGCUGUCUCUCCAGGACAAUGUAGAUUCAUUUGUUUGUAUUCAUAUAUAUAUUCCCUGUUUCUGAAUUGUGACUAGGAUAUAUAUUCCCUAUUUCUGAAUUGUGACUAGGAGAUUUAUUAAGUGUUUCAUGUCCUUCAUAUUUUCAGAGUGGACACAUUUAUGUCCUCCAAUUGUAUACAAUUAAUAAAAUUCACCUUUUUCCUAA